ACUCCACGUGGUGUACCGUCGAACACAUCGCAUAAUUCGCGUGCGACAGAAACGGAUAUUUUUCUUCUCUUCCGUUACCACCGUGAACGCCACGGUUCACACGUACUUACAGCCUGUUCGCGUUAACGUAAUCGCGAUAGUUACAGUCCAUUACCGCGACUGCCAGUUCCCAUUGUCUUCUCGUUUCGAAGUCAUCCUCGGUGCCCGAAGAGGGGGACCACGCGGGUUCCUUGUGACCGGUGAUCGAUCGGUGCUCGAUAACCCUCGAGAGAUGAUAGCCAAGCUCAAAUGAGAGAACGAUCGUCCGCUGGCAGCCAGCAUCUGUGAACUGCGUGAAGAGGGUAGCAAGCACUGUUCUCGAGGACCUUUAUCAGUGGCAAGGGCAAAAUGGGCAAGGGGUGGAAAGGUGCGAAGGACUUCGUGGGCAUCGAAGAGGUGACGAAGAUCGAGUUCCUGGUCAUGAUGUUCGCUGAAGCUUUGGGAACGUUUCUUUUAGUUUUGAUCGGUUGUGCAUCGUGCAUCACGUGGAACGACAAUCAUCCACCCACCGUCGUGCACAUCGCGUUCACCUUUGGACUAGCUGUCGCGAGUCUGGCGCACGUGUUAGGACCAGUUUCAGGGUGCCACGUGAAUCCAGCUGUAUCGAUCGGCCUUCUGGUAAGCGGAAAUUGUUCUUUUCUCAAAGCAGUAUGCUACAUCGUUUGUCAAUGCUGCGGCGCCAUCGCGGGUUCAGCAGUGUUAAAGGUGUUGAUACCAGAAGCUCCAAGUCACGGUUUGGGUGCCACGGCCCUCGCCACGUCGGUCACCGACAGCCAAGGUAUCUUCAUGGAGGCGAUCGUCACUUUCCUCUUGCUUCUGGUCAUCCACGCAGUGACCGAUCCCAAGAGAACCGACACGAGAGGAUGGGCGCCGUUGGCGAUCGGACUGACCAUCACAGUGGCUCACAUGGCGGCUGUGCCUGUGACUGGUAGCAGCAUGAAUCCUGCCAGGACAUUGGGUCCCGCGGUUAUUCUAGGCGAGUGGAAGAACUUGUGGAUCUACUGGGUCGGUCCGAUUUUGGGUGCUUGCGCGGCUGGCGGCCUUUACAAGGUGGCGUUCAGGCGCAAGAAAGAAGACGACGAGGCAUCCUACGACUUCUGAACAUGAAAUCGGGAACCACCGUUGCGAUUGGUCCUCUUUGAAAAAAGGGGAGACACAUCUAACGCUGGAACAAAAAAAAAAGCAACGAAUUAAUACUGGGGAAACAGUGAGAUUUCUGUUCGCGUAUCGGAAAAUAUCUCUCAUGACAAAUCUCGCGAAUCACGCGACCAAUUCUUGAUUUUUACGAAUUCAGGAUGGAACGUGAACGUUCUAUUUAUUACAGUACGAGCAAUCUUUCGAGGAGUAUUUAACACGAUCAGGUUGUGAUCAAAGUUCUUGAAAUUUAAACUCUUUGAUUAGGAACAGCCGAAAGUUGGUGAUUGAAUGAAAUUAAAAAUAAAUUCGGGCAGCCUUUCUGUAAUUAUCUGGAAAUGUACAUUUCUUGGACAUUUCUAGAUAAGAAAUGAAAAAGAGACGCACGUUUAAGAGAACAUUUUGUUUGAAAAACAAUCUGAAAAGAAUUAAUCGAGAACUUCGGCCAUAACGAAUAACAUAAUUAGUGUAAUAUAAGCUAUGUUUGUCGAAUACAUGUAUAUUAAUAAUAUUUUAAAACGGAAAUCAUUUUGAACUUGACUCGACGUUUUCAGUAAUGACUACCGAUUAGGAGAAAACUUGAACUCCACGUGUUCGGUGGUUGUUGUCUAUGUUUUCGUGUAACUUCUAAAACGUUUUAACGUACAGUUAACGCUUCUAACAGUAAAGCAUUCUAAAUAAUAUUACGACUCGCGUAUAUACACAACCAUUGGAAUCAUAUUCGACUUUGUAGAAUUUAGUUCCAUAGAUUUGUAUACCUUUCACCAAAAACAUACUGCAUUCGUGUCAUUUCGACAUGCCAUGUCAACGUUUUCUACGUCGUUUAAGUUUUGUAUAUAUUGUACUUAAAUUAGCUUGUAAGAUUCCGUAACAGAUUAUCACGUAUGAAUACGCAGCUUACGUCACACUUUAAGUGUACAUAAAUCGUUUAUCUUUUAA